UCCACAAGGCAGCACUAACAUAUGUUCGGCAACGGACAAAUGUGGCAGCUAAGUUAGGCGCGAAAAUAAACAGUGAAGUGUUUUCGUGAUUAUUACGUUUUGCACAAUUCCCACUUGCCGUCAACUGUUAUUAUAUAAAUAGUUUAGAUACCUAAGUCUAUGAAGGUCCCCAACAUGAAUGAAGUGGAUAGCGAACUGUGUUUGAAGGAAAUUUCAAGUGAUAUUCUUGACAGUGGGAAGACGGUGAACAUAAGUGUCCUCUCAGAAAACUGGUCGAUGAGCUUGAAAAGUAGUGCAGCAACUCUGGAGAAAUGGAUGAACAAUUGUGCAGGAGGAAAACCUCUCGUAAAACAGUUCUUGGUACGCGGAAGCCGGGAGGAUGGUUCCACGUUCAUGACGAUAGCUUCAGAGGAGAAAAUUCCAUCACUCUCGGGAAAGCUCAGUGAAGGCUUUCCAAUGUUAUAUAGCAUUCGGCUGGGUCCAGACACACCAACAAUAGUAACGCCACUAGUACUAGAAACAAAAAGGAAGCGGAUACAGUUAUCAGACAGUGGUUCACAACGGGAAUCUCACAAAGAGAUAGAUUCACCUCCACUGAAAAAUGAAGCAUCAACGCAAAAAGGCUCCCAACCAUUUGCCACCGCAAACUCGCUGAAGAUAAAGAACGGUGUUUCAAGUAGCAAGUCUGUUAAAACCGAACCUAAAUCUCCAACUAAACAUCAAACCUCAACAAAAACUGAAAAGAUUUCACCCAAGAAGAAGUCCCCCAUCAAAAAAGAAGUGGGCAAGAAAAAUGGCUUAAUAGGAUCAUUCUUUUCUGCAAAAUCUCAGACUAAAAGUGAGAAGGUGACAAGUCCGCCAAUUGAAAAAGAAAUCAAGAAAGAAAACGGUAAACCUGAAGAGUCGAAAUCUGAAAAACAUAAUGGUAAACGAAGUUCAGUGUCCAAUGGACACUCUGAAAGUGAUGAGCAAAUACCGGCUGAGUCGACCGAUAAUCCCCCAAAACGUCGCAAGGUCGAACAAGAGAAAAAGAAAGCACGGUCAAAAGGCUCUAGAAUCAUGCUUAUGGCUGAUAGUGAUGAGGAUGAAGUUAAAUCCGAGCCUGAAACCUCUGGAAAAGAAUCCGAUGAAAUGGAAGAGCCAGAACAAAGUAACAAUGUUGAAGAAGAAAAAAAGGAGACCAAAAUCUCAAGCCCCAACCUUCCCAAAAUUGGAAAAUCUAAAAAACGUCGGAUCGUGACAAAAACUUACGAGGAUGAAGAUGGGUUUAUAAGGACAGUUAAAGAAAGUGAAGAGUACAGUUCGUCAGAGCCAGAAGACGCUCCAUCUGAUGAAAAGACAGUAAAAUUGGAGACGGUUGAAAGCAAACUGGAAAACAAGGAACCCCAGACAAAAGGAAAAGGUAAAACGGUGAAACCUCCUUCGAAACCCGCAACAAAACAAGGAUCGAUAAUGAGUUUCUUUACGAAGAAGUAGUAUUUAGGACUAACACACUUUUGUUAUUCUUGAAAAAUUAUUUUGAAGUAAUUAUUAAACAUUAUUCCUAAAGAA